AUGGCUCAGAACAAUGCACACCAUAUCUUGUUUGCAUGCCUGAUGCUCCUGUCAUGCAGCCAAGGCCAGAAGGCUGAAGAAGGCUUGCCUAUGGACGAAAAAGACCUCCCUUCUGCCAGGAUCAACUGCCCAGAAGGUGCUAAUGCCUAUGGUUCCCACUGCUACUACUUCAUUGAAGAUCGUUUGACCUGGGGGGAGGCAGAUCUCUUUUGCCAGAAUAUGAAUUCAGGCCACCUUGUGUCAGUGCUCAGCCAGGCUGAGGGCAACUUUGUGGCCUCUCUGGUUAAGGAGAGUGGUACUACAGCUGCCAAUGUCUGGAUUGGACUCCAUGACCCCAAAAGUAACCGCCGUUGGCACUGGAGUAGCGGAUCUCUGUUUCUCUACAAGUCAUGGGCCACUGGAGCUCCCAGCACCAGCAAUCGUGGCUUUUGUGUGUCACUGCUUUCAAACACAGCAUACAAGAAGUGGAAGGAUGAAAACUGCGAGGCGCAGUACUCCUUUGUCUGCAAGUUCCAAAGUUAA